AUGGGCACCAUUCCAGCCGUCUUGAUUGCUGAAGUGCGCAUCGCUUUUCAGUCCUGCGCCAGACAAUAUGCCUCUACUCGAAGAACGCACUUCAGUACCCUCCGACCGCUGUUAAAGAAGUCACAGCCCGUGACAAAGGCCGACAACUUGCCCAUCCAGGUGGUUCACAGUCAAAUACAAGCUCAAAAGAAAACGCAGAGCUCACCCACUCUCCCGCCAAACCCUCAAGCCAGCAAGGAACUGAUCCCUGUUGGCGAGGAGCAAAACGCCGUGGACAGUGGCCGGAAAGUGGAAGUGCCGUUGAAGGUCAUACCCAAGGCUGAGGUUGCGCCGAACUUGACUCUGUCGCCGAGGGAGCGGCUUCACAUCGAGCAACUGACAAGGAGGCUGCCUCCCCGAAGUGAACCCAAAGUCUACAAAACGAGGUUUCGCAUAUACACUGCAGGCAAUGGCAGGAUUUACAUGCUCACUUUCCUCCGGUUUUCGACCAUCAUUGCGCUCUGCUUUGUCACAGCCAUUGUUGUUCCGGCGCACUAUUUGAAUGGAAGCCCUAUCUGGCUGGUUGCCGGUGUAUGGCUGGCGGCCUUCAUCCCCUUUGUUUUUGUGAACUGGACUCUGAGACCCAUGGUGACGGAAGUUUUUCUCCGGCUUCCCCCCUCCGUCCAACACUCGCCUAAACUGGCAAUGGAAUAUGCCAAAAGUCUACCAGCUGACUCCGCGCUGGACCUGAGGUUCAUGCGGGCAUCAACUCUCACGGAUCUUGUCACGCUGAAAAUCGCAAACACCAGGCCUGCCAAAAGCUCUUUCCGUCCUGUGAGCUUCGAAUGGUUCGGUCCUUUGGUGGAGAGGGGGGGCUUUCUGAGACGGAAUCCUACUCAAUUCUACGUCCGGCCGGAGUCUGCGAAUGGAAAAGCUGCACGAGACGUAACUCCUGGACUCUGGAGCAAGGUGUACGAGCGACUCACGGGGAUGGAAAGCAGUGUUGUCUCCAAAUGGCGCCGAUGA